AUGGCGUACAGCGAGGAUCAUCUACGCAGAAAAACGAUUCCUAGGCUGGCACAACUUUUUGAUCACGACAUUCAAGCCUUCCUCCCCUACAGACUUGGCCUUCCACUCGAUCUCUUGAUCGCCUUCCUCCAAAGGAACCUUCAACUCCCAACGGCGACAUCCACAGCAUUGUAUAAUCAUAUUCGAGCGAACUGUGUCAAGACGCGAUCGAAGCAAAUGAAUAUCUUGGUGCAUAACACGGGCGCAUUGGAUAUGGCAUGGGUGAUGUCACGCCUCUGUGCCGAUCUGCCUCCAGGCCAGCAAUUGGGCCGGUUCAAUGUCUACACCUUCGGCGCUGCGAUGCCGGAGAUGACAAUGCCACUCGGCAGCCAUAACGGGCAUGAAGGACACAAUUGCGACUGCGAAGACUUCCCGGAGUAUCCCAUUGUCAGCCACUACGCGUUUGAGGAUGAUCCGUUUGCACGCAUUGGUGUACUUCUAGGUGCUCGCCAUAGGAUGGAGGGCCGUCUAGUCGGAUGUGUGUAUGCGCUUCAGGCGUACAGCUCCAGCCUUGCCAAAAAGUGGCUUGCAGGAGGCGGCAGGUUUACGAUGGAUGACUACCUGGACGCUCUUUUCCCCGACGGCAACCCCAGAGCGGGCGCCCUCGGCUCGGUCUGCCGGAUUGAGCGCGACGUCAGUGAGAUGCGGGAGCUUGCCGCGCUGGCACAGGCCACCCACGAUCAGACGAAGAAGGGAAAGAGGCUAAGCUGGACAGCUUUGGGGGCACUUGCGGACAAUUCAUCAAACUUCCGGAAUAGCAGAAACGAGAUGGCCGGAGUUGUUUCACUGGAGGAAGCUCGGAGAAUCGGCAAAGCUUGUGAAGGCAUGAUCGCCUAUGAGAAUAACGCGCUUGCCAGCUAUGUACGGGGAGAGCAUCGACUUUCUCGCAACGAAUUGCGCGGUACGAGGGCUUUCUCCGAUCAGGCAGAGUCCGCGGAUGGGGUGCAGUGA